GAAGCGGAGUUUCCGGCUGUUUGCAGCGGAGGGAGAGGAUUGCUGACGCCGCGAAACCCCGAGAAAAAACGCCGCCGGCUCGGGGGCUAGCAGUUUCUAGCAUCGGUAGUGGUCGUUUUCUUUCACACAGGGGGAUUUGGGGGGCUGGUGAGUUUUUUACGGGCCGAGGGAGUCGGAAAGCACACCGAGCAAAGAAGCGGCACAAGGCGGGGGAGAGCCACCAGCUACCGGCAUGGCCAGGGACUACGAUUACCUCUUCAAGCUGCUCAUCAUCGGUGACAGCGGAGUGGGAAAGAGCAGUCUCCUCCUGCGAUUUGCAGACAACACAUUUUCAGGUAGCUAUAUCACCACGAUCGGUGUGGACUUUAAGAUCCGGACGGUGGAGAUCAACGGGGAGAAGGUGAAGCUACAGAUCUGGGACACAGCAGGGCAGGAGCGCUUUCGCACCAUCACCUCCACAUACUACAGGGGAACGCAUGGGGUCAUAGUGGUAUACGACGUCACGAGUGCCGAGUCCUUUGUCAACGUUAAACGAUGGUUACAUGAAAUCAACCAGAACUGUGACGACGUGUGCCGAAUAUUAGUGGGAAACAAGAACGAUGACCCCAACUCCAAGGUGGUCGAGACGACUGACGCGCAGAAGUUUGCAGAGCAGAUGGGAAUCAGCCUGUUUGAGACAAGUGCAAAAGAGAACAUCAACGUUGAAGAGAUGUUCAACUGCAUCACAGAGCUAGUGCUAAGAGCCAAGAAGGAGGUGCUAGCCAAGCAGCAGCAGCAGCAACAGAACGACGUGGUCAAACUCACCCGGAACAGUAAACGAAAGAAAAAGUGCUGCUAGCAACCUCGAAGCCAUCCACAAAAGGCCGGCGGCGUCUUUUCUUCACAAAUGCAUACACACACACGAUGGGACUCAGAGCAUCUAAAUUAAAGAGCAGAUAAAGAUUUAAUAAAUAUACGGUGAAAGAUAAAAAAAAAAAAUAAAAAAAAGAAAGGAAAAAAAAAUAAGGAAAUGGAAAAAAUGUCCCUUUUGGACAAACUAAUCAUGAAGACUUUAAAAAAAAAAGUGUACAGAUUUUAUUAGACGUCAGAUCAAGUUUUAUUUGGAAUUCAGCAGAUGGGCACUAUUGACCUGAGGUCCUCCUUUGUUAAAGGAUCUGCAAGCUGACAACUGACCACCAUAAUGCUCCGAUUUAUAGCCACAUAAUCCCCAUAUUCUUCCACCAGUAUCUCAUCUCUCCUUCUCAUUCCACUGCACAUGGGACAUUCAGAGUCGAGUCAGACUCUGCGCCCGAGGAGAAGGAGGGCUCACCUAUUCUGGAUUUAUUUGUUUCUUUCUAGUUUUAUUUUUUGGGGGGUUGGGGUGGGUGGGGAGGGAGGGGCGGGAUGUUUGCGUGGUUGGGAGUCGGUUCUAUGAAUGGGUGUCAUGAGUGAGAGUGGAGGUCUCGCCACCUCUCUACAGUUUCAACAUUUCAGACACCUGCGUUGCUGCGGCUCACCCCAACCGAUCAUGAACUGCUAGGUUUUGUUUUAUUUGACUUAAUGGGGGAAAAAAAUCACACGGAUGAUGAUGAUGAUUGGUAGACAACCUUUAGCAACUAAUCCGAUGGACUGAACUGGUGACUUCUCAUGUUACGUUUUUCUUUGUCUAUAUUUUGCCAAGCUUCCCACCCUCUCUCUUCUUAACUCCCAGUAGUGCUGAGCCAACAGUAAUUGAUUUUAUUUUUAAGUGCAGCGGAGCAGUUGAAUCCCUCUUGGAGCUCUGGGACAUCAAGCUCUGACUGCGCCAUUCACUGCAGUCUUACUAUGCUUUACAGAGUUUGCUUUUAAACCUUUUUCCUCCAUCUUUUUUUUUUUUUUUUU